AUACCCCCGGGGCUGGAGACCGGACACCCCGCAGGCCCCGACCGAGCCCCCCCGGGCACCUCGGGCCCCUGUCCCCGCAGGCCUUGUUGUGGGGCCUGGAAGUGCGCGGCUCCCCGGGAGCGGAAUGGACUUCCUGGCCCUGUUCCUCAUCUACUCGGGUGUUGUGCUUAGUGCCAUGGCUCUGCUGUGCCUCUGCGCGGGGAGGGGGGACAGCUUCCUCACUGCUGGGAGCCAGGCACUGUCAUUUGUGAUCCCUGCACAGCUCCAGAGGGUGGCACAGAGGGUGUUUCACAGGCUCUUCCACACAAGAAGCUGUUUGUUUGUUGUCCUGCACGUAGUCUUGCAAGCUGCAGUGUAUGUGGAAUACACAUGGGAAGUGUUUGUGUACUGCUGGGAACUGCAGUUUCACCUCCUCAUCCUCCUCCUGCCCUACCUGCUGCUGGCUGGGAACGUGGGCUGCUUUAUCCUCUGCUCCCGAGCCAAUCCUGGUAUAAUAACUAAAUCAAAUCAUGCAUCUUUGGUUAAGAUUUACGCAUAUGAUGGUGUGUUGUUUCAGAAGGGCAUCGUGUGUCCUACGUGUGACUUGGAGAAGCCAGCCAGGUCAAAACACUGCAGUUUCUGCAGUGUGUGUGUGCAUCGGUUUGAUCACCACUGUGUGUGGGUCAACAACUGCAUUGGUGCCUCCAAUGCCAAGUACUUCUUCCUUUACCUCUUCACACUGACUGCCAUGGCAGCAACCACUGCAGUCAUCUCAGCAGCGUUCCUUAUCCAAGUGGUGCUGCUCUCAGGCAUGAUGCAUGGGAGUUACAUUGAUGACCAAGGACAGGAGCAUGCUGUUGACAUUCUCUUCGUCAUCCAGCACCUUUUCUUGACUUUCCCUAGGAUUGUCUUCAUGCUUGGCUUUGUCAUUCUCCUCACCCUGGUUCUGGGUGCAUACUCCUGUUUCAAUCUCUAUCUGGCCUUAACCAACCAAACUUCCAAUGAAUGGUAUAAAUCCAGAAGACACAGGUGUUGCCACCAUCCAACACUGCAGCCUCGUGACAGACAAGCUGUCUACAGGAACAUUUAUUCUAAAGGAGUCUGGAGGAAUUUGAUGGAAAUCUUUAAGCCUCCUGCAGUGCUGGAAAGCAAGAAGAAAACAUGAAGAUACCAGUGUCUGUAUGUGUGUUUUUAAGCUUUUGUAAGACUUUAUUCCAGCAGUGGGCUCUGAUGCCCAAGCAGCUUUUGUAAAAAGGUGACUGUAUCUCAAUGAAGUGAUUGGAAACUGUGUUUGCAUAAAGCUGACCAGUCUGCCUGUGACAGACAUUGUACCGGUGGCAGCAGCCUGUAAGUCUUUUCAGACACAAUCACAAUGCAAAAGCAUUAGGAUUAGGACCAGCUAACGAACACAUAGAUAAGAAACUGGGGGUUUUAUGGUUCGUUUUGUAUGCUGCAUAAUAUAUACUACUGUAUAACUGA